AAAAUCAUCAGUAGCUUUACAGAUUCUUCGCUCUUGGGUCACAACAUUAUUCCCUUGGCUUGGAAAUGGCAUCUCAGCUCAGAUUCUUUUCCCGAAGGUCUCCUGUGGUUUGUACUCAUGGCUGUGUUGCAUCAAGUCAAGUGCUUGCUACAAAUAUUGGUCUUGAUAUUUUAAAGAAUGGUGGGAAUGCAGUAGAUGCUGCUGUGGCAGUAGCUGCUGCCCUCAGUGUCACUGAACCUGUCAGCACUGGCAUUGGUGGAGAUUGCUUCUGUCUUUACUAUGAUGCAAACACAAAGCACGUGCAUGGUCUUAAUGGCAGUGGCAGGUCUCCAAGGGCACUGACUAUUGAGCUCUUGAAAGAACAAGGGUUUGAUGAAGCAAAUCCUCUUCCUCCACUUCAUGCCCAUAACGUCACAGUGCCUGGUGCAGCAGCUGGCUUGUGUGAUGCUGUUUCUCUGUAUGGAAGUAAAAAGGUGAAGCUAAAUGAAAAUGCACAAUUGCUACAGCCUGCUAUUGAACUGGCUGAAAGAGGUUUUCCAGUGGCAGAGAUUACUGCCUACCACUGGAAACGUGAUGCUCAUAUUCUCCAGUCACUUCGAAACAAGCAUGGGAGGGAGUUACUCAUUGAUGGCCAGGCACCACUACAUGGACAGGUUUUCUCCAAUCCCUUUUUGGCUAACACUUUUAAGGAGCUGGCAAGAUCUGGCAAGAAGGGGUUUUAUUAAGGUCGGAUUGCAGCUGCUAUUGUAGAACCAGUCCAGAGACAUGGAGGAGUGAUGGAUUUAGAAGAUGUCAAAAGCCACACCACUGAUGAGGUCAAACCAAUUUUCACAAAUUACAGGGGUAUGAGUGUUUGGGAAAUACCUCCAAAUGGACAAGGAAUCACAGCUUUGAUGGCCCUAAACAUUUUGGAAAAUUUUGAUGUUAAAGUCAUGGGUCAUAAUAGAGCUGACUACUUGCACGUGCUGACUGAGGCCAUGAAACUCAGCUUCACUGAUGCUUUCUCAUUCUGUGCAGACCCUGAUAAAGUUCUGAUACCUACAAAACCGCUUUUGUCCAAAACCUAUGUUAAAGAGCGUUCUCAACUAAUAAAUUUACAAAGAGCCAGUGACAAAUUUAGUUCUGAAAACGUUUUGCUGUUAGGAACAGAUACAGUCUACUUCACUGUUGUGGAUCCUCAAGGCAAUGCCUGUUCUUUCAUCAAUAGCAACUACAUGGGCUUUGGUACAGGACUGGUACCAGAUGGCUGUGGAUUUACUCUACAAAAUAGGGGAGCUAACUUUUCCCUCUCUAGCAGCCGUCUAAACUGCCUUGCACCAGGGAAACGUCCAUAUCACACUAUCAUUGCUGCCCUAGCUACUGCUGCAGACAGUGAGGAACUCCUGUGCUCCUUCGGAGUGAUGGGAGGGUUCAUGCAACCCCAAGGACAUGUGCAGGUGCUACUAAAUAUGUUGGAGUUCGGGAUGAAUCCUCAACAAGCCUUAGAUGCAGCCCGGUUUUGCUUGAGCUAUUCCAAGGAAGAUAUGAUCUUAAUUUAUUGCUUGCAUAGUAAAUUAUUAGGCCAGGAGUGGCAUCUGUCACUUGAAGACGGUAUUUCACGAGCUGUUGCAGAAGACUUGAGAGCCAGAGGUCACUGGAGCCGGUGGCCUAUCAGUGGGCACAACAGGAGCCUAUUUGGUCGUGGACAGAUUAUCACUAAAGGGGACUGGUGGCAAUCUUGGGGCUCUUUGUCCUCCAAGCACUUGCAGAGUGUUCUGUGGGCAGGAUCUGACCCCCGAGGAGAUGGCUGCGCAAUGGGAUACUAG